AGCAUUACUAGAAAGCCUUGAUAAGAUAAGAACAUGGCAAGUCAUAUUGUGAAGCCAUCGUCUCCAACUCCACCUGCUUCCAAAACCUACAAACUAUCAUUUCUUGACCAAAUUGCACCAUCAUUUUACGUGCCCUUUAUUUUCUUCUAUCAAAAUGAACAAUCUAAACAGCGGGAAGAAAUAUGUGGGCGUCUGAAACAAUCUUUAUCGGAAAUCUUAACCAUCUUCUACCCGCUGGCGGGGCCGAUCAAACAGAAUUCAUUCGUCGAUUGCAACGACUCAGGAGCCGAGUUUUUGGAAGCCCGAGUUCAUGGUGGCCUCGCGCAAUUCUUACAAAACCCUAAAAUUGAGGAUGCAUUAAAACAGUUAAUCCCCAUGGAAAGCUCCUCCCACGGCGACAACCUAAUUCUGUCUGUGAAAACAAGUUUCUUCGAGUGCGGAGGAAUCGCUGUGGGCGUGUGCCUGUCGCAUAAGCUCGCCGACGGCUGGUCUGCUUUGGCGUUCAUCAAUGCAUGGGCGGCACAGUGCCGCGGGGAAGGUUCUAGAAUCAUCCAUCCCUCCUUUGAUUUGGCGCUCCGUUUUCCGCCGAUGAACUCAUCCCGGCGAUCCCAUUUCAAUCUAGCAGUGACGGAGGACAGAAUCGUGACGAGGAGGUUGGUUUUCGAGAAGGAGAAGGUGGACAGGGUUCGGAAACUGGAAGCUUCUAGAAGUGAGGUGAAGGAUCCGAGUAGGGUGGAAGCCGUCUCGGCUUUCCUCUGGCGGAGCUUCAUCGGCGCGCACAAACGAGCCGGGGUGGAAACGGCGUCGUUUCCCGCCGUUCAUGCGGUGAACCUGCGCCCUAGGGCGGCGCCCCCUCUGCCCGAUCACGCCUUCGGCAACUGCGUGACGGCUGCUGCGGCGGUGUCCGAAGAUGGAGAUGGAGAUCUUGUGUCGAGAUUGAGGGCCGCGAUACGAGGAGUGGACGAGAAUUACAUCAAUCGAGCUGUUGAGAAUGUGAGAUCAGUAGAUGAAGGCGAUAAUAGCAGCUUGCUGAAGCCCGGGAACUGUAUUUUUUCGAGCUGGUUGAGGUUUCCGGUGUACGAGGUGGAUUUCGGAUGGGGGAAGCCGGCUAGGGUUUGCACCGUGGGCAUGCCCUACAUGAAUCUAGUGGUUCUAAUGGAUACUCCGUCUGGAGAUGGCGUCGAAGCAUGGAUUAACGUUUCUGACGAUCACUUCUUCCAAUUCAUCCAAUCUAAUUACAACAAGCUUCUUGCUUAAUUGAACUUGAUGUUUGAAUUAUUGAAUAGCUUAUAAGUUAAAAUGUUUGAAUAAUCGAGCUUAUAUUCUA